CUUUUCUCGGAACACGACGAGCGCGACGUCUACCCCAGCAGGUGGAUAUGACGUCACGGACUUCAGAAAACAACAACAAAUCCGCGAGUUUUCCUACUUUGCUCUCCAACUACUUUUCCCUGUUUAAAGUUUAACACAAAAAAAAUCGCGCACUUUGGUGAGGAAGCGAGGGAGAGACCCGUUUUUUUCUCGUCUUUUUCCGCUCCCCUUGGGUGAGUCAAGUUAGUUACAGUGCCCCCACCUCAGCGGCCAGCGCGGGCGGAGUGAUACCGUCGCUGUUUACGGUUGUGAUUUGUGGUCGCAUGAUUCCGGACAACAUGGAACAGAAGUGACGUUUGCUGCUCCGGGAAAGCCACGAGUCAUCAGAAUUACUGAAAACUGACUUCUGAUUGGAGGAAUGAGGUGCCAGCCAGUCCAACGCGAGUGAUCCGGCAGCGAGGAGACGGUUCUGCUGGACCCCAGAGUUGCUUCAAAUAAACAAGUCCCUCAAGAAGGUGAAUGCACAGUUUUCAAGUCAUGAUGCAAGAAUCUGGAACAGAGGCGACGAGCAACGGAGCGGCUAAUCAAAAUGGUGGAACAAACGCGGAACCCGGGUCGAGGGAGGGACGAGCGGACAGCGCCACACCAUCAGCGGAGGCGACCCCGGCCGAUCUGCUUCAUCUCCAGCAGCACCAGGCUCUUCAGGUUGCCCGGCAGAUUCUCCUCCAGCAGCAGCAGCACCAUCAGCUGAACGCCGACUGCAAAUCCCCCAAAGCCAAUGACAAGCAACAAGGCCUGCAGGUCCCAGUGUCAGUGGCUAUGAUGACACCCCAGGUGAUAACUCCUCAGCAGAUGCAGCAAAUCCUUCAGCAGCAAGUCCUGAGCCCUCAGCAGCUCCAGGUUCUUCUCCAACAGCAGCAGGCCCUCAUGUUACAACAGCAGCAACUCCAAGAGUUCUACAAGAAGCAGCAGGAACAGCUCCACCUCCAGCUCAUCCAGCAGCAACAUGCAAGCAGCAAGCAGAAUAAAGAGGCUCAGGUCUCGGCGCAGCAGUUGGCCUUCCAGCAGCAGCUUCUUCAGGUGCAGCAGGUCCAGCAGCAGCAUCUGCUCAACCUUCAGAGACAAGGGCUGCUCUCCAUCCAGCCUGGACAGACGAGUCUGCCGCUGCACUCCCUCUCUCAGGGCAUGAUUCCAGCGGAGCUGCAGCAGUUGUGGAAGGAGGUGACGAACGUGAAGGAGGAGCACAACAGUACCGCCAACAAUAACAACAACAACGGCAGCAGUAACAACAACAACAACGGCCACCGGGGCCUCGACCUGUCGUCCCCGGCCACGCCAAAGAACCCACUCCUCAACCAGCACGCCUCCACCAAUGGGCAGUACAUGAGUCACAAGCGGGAAAUAUCCUCCUUGGACGAGCCCUCCCCUCACUGCCACCCCCUCUACGGUCACGGCGUCUGCAAGUGGCCCGGAUGUGAAGCCGUCUUCGAUGAUUUCCAGUCAUUCCUCAAGCAUCUCAACAACGAGCACGCCCUGGACGACCGGAGCACCGCCCAGUGUCGGGUGCAAAUGCAGGUCGUGCAACAGCUGGAGCUGCAGCUGGCUAAAGACAAAGAGCGUCUGCAAGCCAUGAUGACGCACCUUCAUGUCAAAUCCACGGAGCCCAAAGCCACGCCACAGCCGCUGAACCUGGUGUCCAGCGUCACGUUGUCCAAGUCAGUCCCCGCGACGUCGCCUCCUCUGAGCCUCCCGCAGACCCCCACCACGCCAACGACGCCGCUCACGCCGCUGUCCCAGACCCACUCCGUCAUCACGGCCAACAGCCUGCACAGCAUGGGCCCCAUGAGGCGCCGUUACUCGGAAAAGUACAACAUGCCAAUAUCACCAGGUGCGACGCCUCGCUCCGCGGAGGACAAUGACCAGUCGGAUGCCACAUUCACUUCAAUGCUGUUUUCAUCUUCAGAUAUCAGCCAGAACAAGGAGUUUUACAUGAACGCAGACGUGCGACCGCCAUUUACGUACGCCUCUCUGAUAAGACAGGCGAUCCUGGAGUCUCCAGAAAAGCAGCUAACACUAAAUGAAAUCUACAACUGGUUCACACGAAUGUUUGCAUAUUUUAGGCGGAACGCAGCUACGUGGAAGAACGCAGUCCGACAUAAUCUUAGUCUUCACAAGUGUUUUGUGCGAGUAGAAAACGUAAAAGGGGCUGUGUGGACAGUCGACGAAAUAGAGUUCCAAAAGAGACGGCCUCAGAAGAUCAGUGGAAGUCCAGCCUUAGUGAAGAACAUUCAGACCAGCUUGGGCUACGGCCCGACCCUCUCUGCCGCCUUCCAGGCGUCGAUGGCAGAAAACAACAUACCUCUAUACACUACUGCUUCCAUUGGAAGCCCAACGCUCAACUCGCUGGCCAAUGCCAUCCGAGAAGAGAUGAACGGAGCGAUGGACCAUGGAAACAGCAACGGCAGUGACAGCAGCCCGGGACGCUCGCCACUGUCAGCUAUGCAUCACAUCAGCGUGAAGGAGGAACCACUGGACCCCGAGGACCACGACGGGCCCCUCUCCCUGGUCACGACUGCCAACCACAGUCCGGACUUCGACCACCACAGAGAUUACGACGACGACCAGGGCCACGACGACAUGCUGUAGUGCCGGUGCCGCCCGGGCCCAGCCCGGCCCACUCGCAGUCCGGGCCGCCUGUGAGAACGAACAGUGAACUGCAGCCUCGGCUUGUUUCCAAGUAACUUUCAGUGCCAUUACUACACACGCGACCACACGUGGACUCGGAUGGGAUUCAGACACGUGUGGGAUGGUACCGUGUGGUACGCAACGACGUGGUCAUGCAGCCAGGACUGCCGCCGGGGGGGUCACACCCCCCCCCACCACCCGCCCCCACCCACACUCUUCUUCUAUCUCCCUCUCCUCAAGACACAACUGGAGAGACAGACAGGAUGCGUGUGUGUUUUUGUUUGUGUGUGAGAGGGUGAUCAUCGUCACUGCCUUCGACACUUCAUAUUUAAUAUCUCAAAGGUGAGAGGGAUUUUUUGAGGGUGGGGUUAAGCGGGUCAGCUGUUUUUUUGUCUCACUUUUUUUUUUUUUUUUUUUUCGGUUCUGUGACCUCGUGAGGCUUCAUGGCCCAAAUUCCGUGUGUUCAGCACUUGAUGAUGAAUGUUUCCCGGAGCACACACAUGAAGCCGAAUGUUCGAUACAAAGUAGCAGUUUUCUCUCACUUAUUUCCCCCCGGAAAAAAAAAAAAAAAGCAACCGUCGACCCCUCUGGCAUGUAGCCCGGCCCCUCGCCGCCGCCCUGCAGCUCAUGAAGUCCACUGCACUGCUGGUGGUGAAGGUUCUGUCUGCUCGCAUCAAUGAAGUUUCAUUUAAGACGCCGACGAAUCACCCCGCUCCUGAUAGAUCCUGAUGAAAUCACGCGUUCAGAUCCCAGCUCGCGCCCCAGCCGGGCCGGCCGCAGCACAAUUCCCGAUCACUUCCGAGCGCUGGCGUCUUCGCGGGGACCACAAAUGGAAACGUCAGGAUCGCAGCGGAGAUAAUGGUUUAGACGAACUAAUUGUGAUUCCUGGACGCAGGAGUUCAGCCCGGCCCCACACGCGCCGUCGAUUCCAUCCAGUCCAGGCCAGCGUGACGAUUAAGGGUGGCCGUAUGCGAAUCACGCACGUGGCUGGUUUGACUUCAGAUGAGAACAGAGUGGAGGGAAUGAGCAUUCCAGUGCUUCCUGACUGGAGCGGCUGCGUUUACAUGGACGUGAUAGUCGUCGCUCACCGUCUCAUCUGAUAUGGGUUUAGUCUGCGUUUCCUCUCCUAAUGUCUGUGAACAGAAACAGCACUUCUUUCGCUAACGUAGUCCAAAAGUUUCCCAGUGAUACAUUCUCUACAUGAUAAAACCAUUAAAUGUCUCAGGUUUAAAUUAAACUCAAAUUCUAUCCGUCUACAUCGAGCUAGCUAGCUGGUGAAAAAGAAACAAAUUGAAAAAAUGUCUACUCUGAGGACAUUUUUUUAACAUAGAGAUCCUUGCAUUUCAGUCCUGACAUUCAACUGUUCUUAAAUUUAAAGAUUUUUUAAUAGUUUGUUCCCUCAAGUCUGCAGUGUUCAGAAGAAGGGAAAACAUAAACAUGUGCCCUCGACAUGAGAAAACAAGUGCGGCACAUCAUUUUAAAAGACUCCAUGCCUUUUGUUUUGUUGUCAGUGAGGAUGAACUAACUUUAAACCAAGUCUUUUUAUAGCUACGGCCAAUGAAAAUGAUGACUUUGUUGUCAAUAUCCUGAGAAAACGCUGCAGUUCCAAAUCCCGGUGUCCUCACUCGUCAUUGUAGCGUAAUUUUUUUUUUCACUGUAGCGUAAAUAAUUGUAUUUUAAGAUUAUAUCCCUCCAUGUGAACGCAGCCACCGAAGCUCAGUCGUCCCUCCGCAGCAGAACACCAGCAUCAGUUUCAAACUUCACGAAAAAAAAAAAAAAAAAGCAAGGACCACAACCAACCACUUGUCUAUUUAUUUGUUGUAUUAUUUUGGCUUCUCUGUUUUUCAUCGUGUUUCGAUUUUGCUUUGCUCUGUGACUACCAAAGAUUAAUAUCAAAUAUGUGCUCAUGCAAUAGCAGACGCGGCCAAAUAUCGCUUCCUGUCGGAGGGAUGGAUCGUUGACAAGCGCCCGAGUUUGAUGGUUGCUUUUAAAACCAAAGGGCCGGUGGGAGGAGUGGUGUUUUUUUUUUUUUUUUUUUUUCGUUUCAUUUGGGUUUUUUUCUUAUCCUCCAAAACCCUGCAGCGACCAAAAGUGAGCAGGAGGUGCUGGAGCAAUAUGACCAAAUUAGGGAUCAGUUUGGCGGCAGGUUGAAGGGAGCAAGAUUAUUUAAAGAGAAACAGCAGAAACAAUGUGACACAUUGGACUGGACCACAACCCUCUGUUCUUCUACUUUGAAAAGAUUGUAUGCCACUUUGUCGACAGGAUUCCGGUGUUCAGGCGAGACAGACGUUGUGAUUGUGUGUUUUUGGAUUUAUAAAAAAAAAAAAAAAAAAAAAAAAGCACUCCUGUCUACUAUGACGCUGGGUACAAGGCACUUCAGAGCUUUUUUAUGUUGCUUCAGAUUUUUUUUUUUUUUGCCCAAAGCUCAUGUAAGAAAGGAAAAGGGGGGCAAUCUGUGGUUUUUCCAGGAGAUGUAUUAAAUAUCCAGGCAGCUGUGGGAUGGGUCAGUAGCGAGACCGUGAGAACAGGGCCAUCCACAAACGUUUCGAGCGCUGGUAGACUAUGACAUUCUCAGCAUGUGUAGCUUGACGUUACUAAAGAUAACAGCAUGAGAAAUCCAUACCUCAAUCCAAACCUGUAGGGAAUGAUCCCAACCAACGUCCCACUCUUAGCAUGACACGGAAAAUCCAAUAGAGCUUGUUUAUCUUCCAACAUCCAAACAAAACCUCAGGCUUUCUUUGGUUAUCAUUUGUGCUUUCACCGCUUCAUCCUGUCUGUCCUCCGCUAGGUUGUACAUACGUGUUAGCGUAGCCGCUUUUCAUUUUAGGGUUUACUGUUUUAUUGAUGCUUUAAGGCUUUGUAUGAAACGUGAAAUAGCUACGAGAGAAAAAAAAAAACACACCUGCUGUAUGUAUCGGAAUAGCAAACUGUGCCGCAAAUGUAUUUUACUUAGUAAUAUUUGCUUUAAAAAAUGACAAAAAAAAAGGCUGUGGUUGAACGGGGCCGGUGGAGGGGGGCGUCCCAGAUUUUAAAACUGUAAAAUAGACGGCAGACUUUUCUCUGUUUUCAGUGACCGAAGCGUUUUUUUGUACAGAUUUCUUUUUUUUUGUGUAAAGCUGUUUUUUUUUUUUUUUUUUUUAUACUUCCUCCUGAUGGUCCAACCACUGCCGCCUGUGGCUCCACCUUCUAAAGUUCCUGCUCGGAGAAACAAAAAAAAAAAAAAACACAAAAAAAAGGGCAGACAGGUAUUUUUGCUCGAGGAGACGGAGAUAUCGUGCAUGAUUCAUCCCAGGGUUGCAGGUUGUUUUUUGGGAGGUGUGGGGGAAGUGGUCAGUAAUAAUAAUUAAAGGGGAGUAUUACUCUAAGGAUAUUUUAUAUGAAGUUAAUAGGAAAAAGAAGAAAAAUAUGCAGUGCCAAGAUGUAAAGAAUAUUGUCAAAUGCUGUUUCUCCCUCUCUGUGUGUCCACCGUUGUUAAGUUUGAAGAUAUUUAUAUUUUUAUCUCAAAGGUCGUCGCUCAAUCACAGUAGAGAUCACUGCAAGAGAAGCCAUCCUUUCAUUCAUCGCUGUCAUUCCGUCCCCCUCUUUCUUCUCAUCACUUUUUUUUUUCCCCUGAAGUCAGAAGGGGGGGGUUAGCAGGAGGGAGGGUGGUGGGUUCUGUCACGGCGCUCUCAUCCUGCAGCAGCUUCUUUUUUUUUUUUCAUUCCAUUUUUUUUUUUGUUUCUUUGAAGUUGUACGCUGUGGUUUCUUUGAGAGAGAAAUGUCGCUCUUCACUUCCAUCAGUGUGUAAUGUCCUCUUCUUCGUCAUCGCCAUCAUCAUUCCUCGUCUGUCUGAAGCAGACCACUCUGUAAGUCAGUGACGCUGACUGACCUGAGCAUUCUCAACAUGCAAUA